GUGAAAUCCUAUUGGCUAUGCUCUUCACUAGCCAAUCACGUUAGCUGGCCACUGGAAUCGGAAAUUAAUUUUGAAAAAAUGUUUCCAUAAUAUCGAUUGUUUUCAGAAAAGCUUUUAUCACGUGCCAACAUUGAAUAAACAAGUAAUAAAAAAAAAAUCAGCAAAUAACAAUAACAACAAAAAUGACAUUGGAUGCAAAUUUCUCCCGCCUUCACAAUUAUUAUUUAUUCAACAACACAGUAGGCUAAAGCAGUUUCCGUAAAAAAAUAAUGUAAAAUACAAGACUGAAAUUGACGGAUGGACCACCAUCCACUACUUUCAAUUUAAUUUGCUGUUCAAAGCGUAGGCCAAUAUUUUUUCUUCUGUACUGAUUAUUUUACUGUUAUUAUUAGUGAGUUUCAUUUUAAUUGCUUUAAUCAUCAUUGAACAUCUAAAAUUGACCAUUGAUUGAUAUAUUCGUCCGACUGUAAUCUUCUCCAAAUCGUUGUUUCAUCUCUUGGUGGAAAAUUAAUAAAGACAAGGGAAAAUCUUUUGUUUCGACCACCUCUGGCUCUUUUCCCAUCAAAUCCUACUUCGUUCAACAGUACUAUUCGAAGAAAACGUCAACUCUGCACGUACACAGGCCAUAGUAAGAGAUGAAUGGUCCAUGUGAACAAUAUAUCAUCGGUAUAGCAGGAGGAUCAAAUACUGGUAAAUCAACAGUGGCCAAAAGACUUUGUGAACAUUUCAAAUCUAUUGGAUAUGAUGUUACAUAUUUAGCAAUGGAUGAUUAUUAUCGGCCAUAUGAUGAUGAACAUCAUGUUCGAAAUCCGGUGACAAAUGCACCAAACUACGAUUGUGAAGCAGCGAUCAACUGGGAUGACAUAAUUUCUGUUAUUAAUAUAUGGAAAAUGGAUAAAACAUACAACGGGAAACCUAGAAUACUUAUAAUUGAAGGUAUAAUGAUAAUGAAUAUAGAGGAGAUCCGAAAAAUGAUGGAUCUACGAAUGUUUUUCAGAAUAACAUAUGAGAAUAUGAGAAAAAGACGAAAAAUGAGAACAUAUAUAAUAGAAGACCCACCGAAUUAUUUUGAACAGUAUGUUUGGCCAUCAUAUGUGAACACUGUUAAUCAAUUGGCGUAUAUUAAAGACCCUCCGAUAAAAUACUUCGACAGCAAUGAUAGCAUUGACCGUCUGUAUGGAGAAGUAUAUGAAUACGUCAAUGAAAUGAUUCUUAAAUAAAUUUACAGUUAAAAUAUACUACUCGAAAAUCAUUUGC